AUGACUGCCUCUGACAGAUUAAAUCAAACUUCUCAAAUUUUAGACAAAUCCAUCAAUAGAUGCAACUCUUCCGUGUCUCUUCUACAUGUAGACAAACCAUUCAAAGUUACUGUCAUUGGCUCCGGUAAUUGGGGGACCACAAUCGCAAAAGUGGUUUCCGAAAAUACCGCUUUACACCCAACUCUUUUUCAACCAACAGUUAAUAUGUGGGUUUUUGACGAGAAGAUUGACGGUGUUAGUUUAGUCCACAUCAUUAAUACAAAACAUGAAAAUGUUAAGUAUUUGCCAGAUAUCAAGCUUCCUCACAAUUUGGUGGCCAAUCCUGAUUUAGUAGAUUGUGCCAAAGACGCUGAUAUCAUCAUUUUCAAUGUUCCACACCAAUUCUUAUCUCGUAUCGUGGAACAAAUGAAGGGUCACGUUAAACCAACGGCUAGAGCUAUUUCUUGUUUGAAGGGGUUCGAAGUGGGUAAGAAAGGUGUUCAAUUACUAUCCUCCUUUAUCGAAGAUGAAUUAGAUAUCACAUGUGGUGCUUUAUCUGGUGCUAAUUUAGCUCCCGAAGUAGCCAAGGAAAAUUGGUCUGAGACCACUGUUGCUUACAAAAUACCUUCUAAUUAUAGAGGUGACGGUAAAGACGUCGACCAUCGUGUAUUGAAGGCUCUAUUCCAUAGACCAUAUUUCCAUGUCUCUGUUAUUGAUGACAUUGCCGGUAUCUCCAUUGCAGGUGCUUUAAAGAACGUCGUUGCAUUAGGUUGUGGGUUCGUUGAAGGGUUAGGCUGGGGUAACAAUGCCUCUGCUGCUAUUCAACGUGUCGGUCUAGGUGAAAUCAUCAAGUUUGGCCAGAUGUUCUUCCCUGAAUGUCAUGUCGAGACUUUUUACAAAGAAUCUGCAGGUGUAGCUGAUUUAAUCACUACUUGUUCCGGUGGUAGAAACGUCAGGGUUGCUAAACAUAUGGCUAAGACCGGUAAGUCUGCCUUGGAGGCUGAAAAAGAACUUUUGAAUGGUCAGUCUGCUCAAGGUAUCGUCACCUGUAAGGAAGUCCAUGAAUGGUUAGAAACUUGUGAAUUGAUUCACGAAUUCCCAUUAUUAGAAGCUGUUUAUCAAAUUGUUUACAAUCAUGUCGCUAUGGAUAAGAUUCCAGAUAUGAUCGAUGAGUUGGAUGAAUUUCGUAUCGAACAAUAA